AUGUACACGGCUCGGAACUUUCUUUUUGGCCUGCUUGCAGCCAGCACAGGCGUUCAUGCUGCAGAUGCUGCAUCAGAUGUCACACAACUAACCAAGGACACCUUUGAGGAAUUCGUCAAGGGCAAUGGCCUCGUUCUAGCAGAGUUCUUCGCUCCCUGGUGUGGCCACUGCAAGGCGCUCGCGCCUGAGUACGAAGAGGCCGCUACUACGUUGAAGGAGAAGGCGAUCAAGUUGGCUAAGGUCGAUUGCACAGAGGAGAGCGAACUCUGCCAAACAUAUGGCGUCGAGGGUUACCCAACGCUCAAGAUCUUCCGUGGUCUAGAGAGCAUCACUCCUUACACCGGACAAAGGAAAGCUGCUGCAAUCACUUCAUACAUGAUCAAGCAGUCCCUCCCCGCCGUUUCGCUUCUGACCUCGGAAACCCUCGAGGACUUCAAGACCGCCGACAAGGUUGUCUUGGUUGCUUACAUCGACGCCUCUGACAAGGCCUCCAACGAGACUUACACCAAAGUUGCUGAGAAGUAUAGGGACUCUUACCUUUUUGGUGCCACUAAUGAUGCUGCAUUGGCUGAGGCCGAGGGUGUUAAGGCACCGGCCGUUGUUCUAUACAAGCAGUUCGAUGAGGGCAAGGCUACCUUCUCGGAGAAGUUCGACGAGGAGGCUAUUGAGAAGUUCGCUAAGGUUGCCUCCACACCCCUGAUUGGUGAGGUCGGCCCUGACACCUACUCCGGCUACAUGUCUGCCGGUAUCCCUCUUGCCUACAUCUUCUCCGAGACUGCCGAGGAGCGAAAGGAACUCAGCGAUGCUCUCAAGCCCGUCGCCGAGAAGUACCGUGGCAAGAUCAACUUUGCUACCAUCGAUGCCCAGGCUUUCGGUGCUCACGCCAACAACCUUAACCUCAAGGCCGAUAAAUUCCCGUCCUUCGCCAUCCAGGAGACCGUUAAGAACCAGAAGUUUCCCUUCGACCAAGAGAAGGAGAUUACCUAUGACACUAUCAGCACUUUCGUUGACGACUUCGCGGCUGGAAAGAUUGAGCCUAGCCUUAAGUCUGAGCCGAUUCCUGAGAAGCAGGAGGGCGCGGUCACCGUCGUUGUUGGCAAGACGUACGAGGAGAUUGUCUUGGAUGACACCAAGGAUGUCUUGAUUGAGUUCUACGCUCCCUGGUGCGGUCACUGCAAGGCUCUCGCCCCUAAGUACGAGGACCUUGCUUCUCUGUACAGCAAGAGUGAGUUCAAGGACAAGGUCGUCAUCGCAAAGGUUGACGCCACUGCCAACGACGUGCCGGAUGAGAUCCAGGGUUUCCCCACCAUCAAGUUGUACCCCGCUGGCGCCAAGGACCAGCCGGUCAACUACUCUGGUAGCCGAACUGUUGAGGAUCUGAUCAAGUUUGUUAAGGAGAACGGCAAAUACAAGGCCGAGGUGUCGGAGGGACAAGAGGAAGAGACCCCCGCUUCCCCCGCUGCAACUGAAUCCAAGUCUACCAGCAGCGAGGCUGCGCAGACGACGCACGACGAGUUGUAA